AUGCCUCCCUUCUUCUCGUCGCUCGCCCUCCGCACCCUCCGGACCCUCAUCCAGCGGCCCUCUCUCGCCUCCAUCCCGACCCUCCCCAAGCCCGCCGCCCGCCGCUUCCAGCCCGUCCUCCGCACACCCACCGCCAUCACAGCAGCCGCCGCCGCCGGCCCUCUCACCCGCCACUUCUCCACCUCCCCUUUCCGCCAGGCGACCUACAACCAGGUGCGGCGCGGCUGCCGCGAGUCGCAGCGCGCGCGCCGCUCGCGGUCCCCCGCGCUGAUCGGCAGAGCCCAGAUGAAGGGCGUGUGUCUCAAGACGGGUAUCACGAAGCCGAAGAAACCCAAUUCCGGCGAGCGGAAGACGGCGAGAGUGCGUCUGAGCAGUGGGAAGGUGGUGACGGCGUAUAUUCCCGGUGAAGGUCAUAACGUCCAGCAGCACAGUGUGGUGUUGGUCCGUGGUGGUCGUGCGCCCGAUUGCCCUGGUGUCAAGUACCAUUUGGUGCGCGGUGCGAUGGAUCUGGGCGGUGUUGCCAGUCGGUUGACGAGCAGAUCGAAGUACGGUACUAAGAAGCCUAAGAAGGACUAG